AUGGGACGCAAAAAGAUCAAGAUUCAACCUAUUCAAGAUGAAAGAAAUAAACAAGUCACGUUUUUGAAACGUAAGCAUGGUUUAAUGAAAAAGGCCUAUGAGCUCAGCGUUCUUUGCAACUGCGAAAUUGCAUUGUUGAUAUUCAACAACAAUGGCAAACUAGUACAGUAUGCAAGUACGGAUAUUGACCAAAUCUUGAUGAAAUAUACUGAAUAUAAUGAUCCUCAUGAAAGCAAAUCGAAUCAAGACUUUAUGAACAAUGAGGACAAUGAUCACUGGGAAGACGGAGAGGAUGACACGGAAUUACAGGAUAAAAAAGAAUCCAAUAUUAUCAGAGAAGUUAAAACUGAAACAGCCAAAUCACCUGCACCACCUGUUCCACAGCCUUCGUCUCAAAUUCAAAAGCCUCUUCAGCAAGAGGCACCACCCUUACUGCCUCCACCGUCACUUUCUUCUAAUACGGCUACGGUCACUAUACCUCCUCCUCCUCUUCCUCCUCCUCCUCCUCCACCUGCUACAACAAUGCUCAUGUAUCAACAAGUACCUCCAUCUAUAUCAGCAGAUUCUCAACACUCUUCUCGUUAUGUAAGCUAUGGACCUCCCAUUCAGGGCUAUUAUGAUAUUUAUGGCCAAUUACAUCAACCUCAUCCCAUGUAUUUAGCACAGACUCAAAUUCCAUCUGCUUAUGCACCUAUGUUACCUGCACAACAUGUAUUAGGCUAUGGCAACAGUCUAACUCGACAAAUACCCACUACUACUACCACUACUACUACUGCUGCUGCUGCUGCUUCACCUACACCCAAUUCGACUUAUUACGCUAACAAUAUGCAGUACAAUAAACGACCUCCCAAUUUACGAGUUGAAAUCCCAAGUGAAUCACGCCAAGAAAUCCACCCCCCUCAGUCAAGUAGUAUUGCACCACCUUCAGCAUUGCCUUCUCAAUUUGCACAUAAUCUGCCUUCUCCAUCUACAUUUUAUCCUGAGUUCUAUCAACAAAGUGAACUACCUAGUCCUCUUAACUUUUCUUCAACACCUGUUUCUGGAGGCACAUCCUUUCAUUGGCCAUCGAGAAAUCAAGGAACAAAUACAAAUGAAUAUAAACCAUCUCCUUUAGCUAAAAUGUAAGUUAAAGAGAAAACCAGCAUAAAUCUUAUUUUUUCUUUAGAAAUGAAGAUGAACCAAUAACAUCAAAAAGAAGACAAGAUACAUCACCAGAUCGCACGCCAAAUUCGAGCAAAAGGUUAAAAGCAGAAUAAACAUCUUUUAUUAUUAUUAUUAUUA